AUGGAGCGCGAGCGCUUGCUCGUCCGCGACGGCGACCGGGACGGAUGGACGUCGACGUCGAUUGGCGUCGACCACGGCGUCGAGGGCGCGAGCGCGGACGUGGACGAGCGAGCCAACACCAUGGGCGGGUGGAAAAGACAUCGACGACGAACCACGGCGGUGGUCACCAGCGCCGUCGUCGCCGGUGCGUUGGUGUGUUACGGAACGGUGUUUUCAAUAUUCGAGCGCGGUUUCUUCGGCGCGAGCGAUCGAGGGACGCGCACGCGGAGAGAGUUCGGGGCGCUGAGCGUCCUGUCGUGGACGCCGCGCGACGGUUUUCGACGGGUGGGACGAGGCUCGGGAGGGUUGUUCAGAAAUGAAAUCGCGCGGAAUCAUCUGAUGCACACGAUUGAGAGGUACUAUCCGUCGAGGUUGACCAACGCAUCGGCGCCGUUCGAGGUGAACUUUAUCGUCGACGACUGCCCGCACACGCCGUGCGCGGAUCCGAGAUACAGGGCGAAACAUUGUCACGUCGAUCAGUGGGAGCCGAUAUUCGCCUUUGGAAGCGCGCCAAAGGAUGCGAGCGUGUUCCCCACCAUGGUAUCUUCCACGCUCGUGCCGCUGAUGUACUGCGUGGCUGCCGAGCAGUCGCUGGCCAAUGCGAGCUUUGUCGUGACGAGCGAAACGGAACCCGCGUGCGAUUUCCUAAAGUAUCCCGCGGUGAUCGAUAACAAACCAGAGUGCGAUGCGAAGAGCUCGAAGCGAGGAGAUUCGGCGUGCAGAUAUUUCGGUUUAUUCAAUCUGAACAUCAUGCCAAACAAAAGUGAUUAUGAGUGGGACAACUUGUUGAAGCGCGGAAUCUGGCGCGGCUCGGAUUACCCGCUGUACACGGGCUUUUGGCCCAACAAGAAAACCAACGGGCUCCGUUUCCAACAGCGACUUAUGCGUACGAACGCGAGCGAGACAACGAGGGAGAUUGAAGCCUUGCUCAAGGGUAGGGAAAUCGGCCCGAGGUUGCGCGCCGUGUUGAUGUCGAAACGGCAUCCGGAGAAACUCGACGCCAAGUUUUUCAACUGGGGAGGGGGAGGUCCCAGCCCUGGCCGAGACACGCUCGACUUCGUGGACACGAAUCACAUUGAGAUGGACACGUUCGCGAGGUACAAGUAUCAACUCGAUCUCGGCGGAGGCGGGGGUACGACGUGGAGCGGUUUGAUUCCGAAACUCUCCGUUCCGGGCGUGCUAUUCCAUCACGAGACGAUGAUGAAGGAUUCGUAUUUCGACACGCUCAAGCCAUACGUGCACUACUUACCUCUGAAGGAAGACCUCAGUAACUUUGACGAGCUCGCGGCGUGGGUGGAGGCGCAUCCGUCGGAGGCAAAGGCGAUUUCAGACGCGGCGACGGCGUGGGUCCAUGAAUUCAGAAAGCUUGCGAAUUUGCUCAGGUACAAUUACGAGGUGCUCGUGAAGCCGCUCGCGAGAGCGCUCGAUAGUAGCGGCGAGUUGCGGCCGAUCCCGUUCGAGAUCGCGCAUCCGGGAGUAUAA